GGCUCCUCUGCAGAGCAAACUGAUCGCUUGCUCAGCGUGUAAACAGAACCAGAACUAAGUAUUGGAUGUAUUUUCGGCAAAGAUCCAGUAAAUAAUUUGGUGGCAAAUUGUAAGUAAUAAACUUAUGGUUCGCUUUCCCACCAACUACUCCUAAUUCUUUAUGAGUGAAGACGAUUAAAAUGGUGCAUUUCCUUCAAAUUUAAAAACAAAUCCACUAGCUGCGCCGGCAAGCUCAAGCUGAACCCACUGUUCUCCCAUGGCUGCUAGUGCUGGUGCUCCCUGUGGGAUCGGCUUUUCACAGCCUCAUGCUCAUCUGAAGCAGCUAUCUCUUGGGUUUAGCCGUUCGAUUUCAAGCAGUGCUUCUAAGUUUGUUUCCUUCCCUUCCAAUUUCUCCCUCAGAGCUGUAGAUAACACUAAGGAAUUCAAGUCCCCUGGAAUAACUCCAAUCGUGAAAGCACAAGGUGGUCCGGGACAUAUGGACAUCGACCUCACUCUGAGUCCAAGAGUGAAUGCUGUGAAGCCUUCGAAAACAUUGGCCAUCAUUGACCAGGCGACUGCUCUUAAAGCUGGUGUACCUGUUAUUUCCUUAGCAAUUGGAGAACCUGAUUUUGAUACACCUUCUGUCAUAGCAGAUGCUGGAUUUAAUGCUAUUCGGGAAGGUUAUACAAGAUAUACACCAAAUGCCGGCACAUUGGAACUCCGCACAGCGAUCUGUCAGCGGUUAAAAGAGGAGAAUGGGAUCUCAUAUACACCGGAUCUGAUUCUUGUUAGUAAUGGUGCCAAACAGAGCAUUUUUCAGGCAGUUUUGGUGGUCUGUUCUCCGGGAGAUGAGGUUAUAAUUCCAGCUCCCUGUUGGGUGAGUUACCCUGAAAUGGCAAGGCUUGCUGAAGCCACCCCUGUAAUUGUUCCAACAAGCAUCUCUGAGAAUUUCUUGAUGGACCAUAAGCUUCUUGAUGCGCUUACUGAGAAAUCCAGGCUUCUGAUUCUUUGUUCUCCGUCAAAUCCCUCAGGGUCUGUGUACCCCAAAUUGCUUGAAGAGAUUGCUAAGAUUGUCGCAAAGCAUCCCAGGCUUCUGGUACUGUCUGAUGAAACAUAUAAACACAUCACGUAUGCCCCAGCUACGCAUACAAGUUUUGCAUCUUUGCCAGGCAUGUGGGAGAGGACACUCACUGUCAACGGGUUUUCUAAGGCCUUUGCAAUGACUGGCUGGAGGCUUGGUUAUCUUUCUGGUCCGAGACACUUCGUUUCAGCUUGUGCAAAGAUCCAGAGCCAGCUUACUUCAGGUGCCAGUAGCGUAGCUCAGAAGGCCGCAUUUGCUGCUCUGUCGAUGGGAAAUGCUGGAGGUGAAACUAUCGCAACUAUGGUAAAAGCUUAGGAACGACGAGAUUUCUUGGUUAAAAGCUUUGGAGAACUGGAGGGUGUGAAGAUAUCAGAACCUCAGGGAGCCUUCCAUAUUUUCAUCGACUUCAGUUGUUACUAUGGAGCUGAGGUCGAAGGCUUUGGUGUAAUCAAUGGCUCGGAGUCACUUUGCCACUACCUGCUUGACUCGGCCCGGGUUGUUUUGGUCCCAGGGGUUGCAUUUGGGGAUGACACUUGCAUCCGCAUCUCUUAUGCCGCUUCCCUCGCGACUCUACGAGAGGCUUUUGGGAGGAUUAAGAAAGCACUUGUCGCGCUGAGACCCGCUGCCUCGGUUUGAUGGUCACAAUGUUGCCGCAGCAUCGGGGACACCUUACACCAAUUAGCUGCUGCUAUUCUACUUCCUAUCAUACUUAUUUGUUUGGAUAGACUCUGUCAUGGUCAUUUGUUUGUGUUUGUCUCCCUUGUUUUGUUAAUCAUCAUCGGCAAAGAUAAGAGCAAUGAUCAGAUACAGAUUUAAGA